UAAAAUAAUAAACAGAAACUAAAAAAAACAUAUUUAGGUAUUUCGCAUCAAAAACUUUACUAUAUUUAUUGGUUAAACAUAAUUUUACAGGCAUUUCUCAUUUCCCUUGUAUAUUUUAAAUAGUUAAUAACGUUAUUAUUAUCAAUUAACUUAGGUACCUACCUUUAAGUAUGCCUUCUUGGGAAGCACCAUGUGUAGAUCUAGGGAGUGCACCAGAGAUGGCAAGUAUUGGAGCAUCACCGUCACCAUCAGAUAUCUCUAGCAACAGUUCUUCAGAGCCACAAAACAUAAGGCCACCUCCUUUGUUUCGUGUCCUAGCAAUGACGCCACCUGACCCGGAGCAGCCUCCGGGACAAGACGAGCUAGAGCGACGCCUGCCCGGGUACCGGCGAAUCGUAAUACCGCGGGAACUAACUCUGAUUGAACUGUUGAAAGAAUACAGCGGCUUCACCAACGACGAGGACGUGUUGUCGAUCCGCGAGGUGAAGCUGCGCGUGGUGGCGGACCGCGUCGGUUUGCGCAGACUGCACGUGCUGGUGCCGCGGCUGCGCUCUCUGACGCUAGAUGGCAGCGCUGUUGCGUCUCUGCGGGAUCUGGGAAUUGGGCUGGUUCAUCUGAAGUUCCUGAGCGUGAACCGCUGCGGCCUGACCAGCCUGGACGGCAUAUGGGGGGUCCCCGCGCUGCGGGAGCUGCGCGCCGCCGGCAACCGCGUUCAGGACCCGCAGCCGCUGGCAGUGCUGCAGAAGUUACAUACGCUGGACUUGGCUGACAACCCUAUAUCAGACACAAAUCGUAUAUGGACUUUGGGGGUGUGCGGUGCGCUGCGCAGCUUGACUCUGCGCGGGUCGCCGGCCUCAGAGGCUCCAGAUUACAGGAGCCGCAUCGCUUCCCUGCUGCACAUGCUGGUGUAUCUCGACGAUAGACCUCUGCAGAAUGACGUGGACUUUGGGAUGUCUGAAAAUUUGUUUGGCGACAUGUCGUCGAGCUCAGACUCGGAAGAAGAAAAUAUUUCAGAAGAUGUUCCUCGGAAUCCACCCGCCGAACCAGAACCUCUUCCUUCCACCUCUACGGCGAAUGAAGAGCCCAAGCCACAGCAAGGGCCAGUCGGUGACAGUCCACCACCCGCCACUGGCAGGCCUGCCACAAGGCGUCGUCCCUUCACCACGGAGUGCGUGGGCCUCCGCCCCCGGCCGCGCCUGCCGCCGAGACCCCACACGGCUCACGCCAGCGGCAGGCGCGUGAAGCCACUCACGAGGCUUGAGAUCAUGAAUACUUUGUUGGAGGAGGAGUGGCGCUGCAGCGGCAGCUCGCUGACGUCGGGCGGCGCGGUGUGCGGCAACCUUGCGCAGGCGUUGCGGCGACCCUCGCAUAGGAACCAUCCAGCUCAGCUGGAUCUGGCUCAGAUGACGUUGGACGGCGCCUCCCGCGCGCUCGCUGAUGAGAUACCACACGCCCCCACACUCGCUGACUGGACUAAGUUUAGAGAGGACACCGGGAUCGAAAUCGACAUAGACUUCAGCGAAAGGCCCAAAGACGUGGACCCAACUCUUGCCAUACAGCGGCUAGAGAAGAUUGAGUUAGAAACCAAAGAGCGACUAGAAAGAGAAAGCCUUGAGCAAACGGAUGGUGAUGCGGCAAACCUUGCGACAUCGCAUGACAGUGCUAAAGAAACCGACGUAAUGAAUACAAACACUUGUAUGGAAGAUGUGCUGUCAUACAGUAAUGAUAUGUGGCAGGAGAUUGAAGAUUUAGCGCCCACUGUAGCCCCUUCGGCCGAUGGAAGUUAUAAUGAGGCUGCUAUUCAAUGGAGGGUCAAUGGACGUGGACGCGUUCGUACGGCUGUGUCCAAUCAAAGAAAUGUAACUGAUUAAAUUAAUGUAGUGCUGUCUACACCGCAUUGGUCAGUGGUUGCUAAAAUGUGAGUAGCGAGCAAUAACCUGAUGUGAGUCAUUGACAUUGAGAAAGCCUACUAGAACGGGCCAUUUCAAAGUCCAGGUGUGGAACCACCUAUAUGUACAAAAGAUUUUAAUAUAUUUCGCACUAUCAUCGUGUUUUACUGUUGUUAGUCGUUGUGUUAUAUUCGUGAUAGAGGAUUAAAUUUAUAUCUGAUAAUGAUAAA